AUGUCUGCCAUUUUGACAACGCUUGGUCUGCGCGCCGCUCCUGGCGGGCAGGUCCCUAAUCACGCCGCAACUCUGCUUUUGGCCAAUUGGGCUCUCGCGUAUGGACUGAUGAGUACCCGACUCACCAAACUAUAUUAUGGCAUCGACAACAAUGCUGCUCCCCGUGAGGAUCUGGCCACAUUCGGGGAAGCUGCGGUUAAGGCUGGCAAGCUUGAUCGCCGUACUCUGAACAAGUUGAAGCGUCGGGAGGCCGCGCAUGCCAAUGCGGUUGAGGGGUACAGUUUGUUUGUUGCUGCGAUUUUGACCGCGGCUUAUGCGGGUGUCCCGACCGAGUCCAUCAACACGAUCGGUGUGUGGUAUACCUUGUCUCGGGUCGCGUAUGGUCUGGCCUACACAUACAUUGAGUCGAAAUCGCUCAGUUACCUGCGGUCGGUGGCUUGGUGGUCUGGUAACAUUAGCUGUAUCACUGGACUGGUGCUUGCGGCGAAGAAGCUGUGA